UGCUAUGCGACGACGCUACAACACUCCCAUGAACUGCUUGGCAUAAAUAACCAUUACUUAGGCUAGCAACUCAUAUUUCAGGGGCGUCUUCCGGUGACUUUCUGUUCAUCAGUCCAGCCAUGCCUCUUCCAGACACAUUCUACUGUGCCCAGCAAAUCAACAUCCCUCCCGAGCUGCCAGACAUCCUUAAAGACUUUACUAAGGCAGCCAUCCGAACACAGCCCAAGGAUUUGUUGCAGUGGUCUACGGCAUACUUCAGUGCUCUGUCUAAAGGAGAGUGUCUGCCUGUUAAGGACAGGCUGGAAUUAAAUGUUGCCACCCAGAAGACGGACACUGGGCUGACUCCAGGUCUUCUGAAGAUCCUCCACAAACAGCUAUCGCCCAAGAAAACCUGUAGCAAAGAGGAACUGCAGGCGAAGUGGAAGGGCCUGUGUCUACCUGUGGCUCAGCUGGAGACCCUGCUGUCGCUGGGCAGCUUUGGCUCAGAUAUCGACUGGAUGGACUUUUUUGCCCUGGGCUGCAGCGCUCUUGGAGGGACUCUUAUCAGUUCACUUAAGUUUGCCUGCGAGAUCCUAACAGAGGAUGAGACGGGUGGUGCCGCAAAGAUCCCGUUCGACACCUUUGUCAGGCUCUACACUUACCUGGCUCAGCUAGACGGGGACGUGCCACAGGAACACAUUGACAACUUCCUCAGCAGUCUGCAGCCACAAGUCAACAAGCAGAACGGCAUGAUUCAGGUUUCCAACUUCUACCCCAGCAGGAAGGGAGGGAAGCAGUAGCAGAAAGCAGUGGAAGAAAGAAGUUAGAAAUAGGAAUAAGGAAAUGAUGGCACCCAAUUAAUAAAUGGAGCAGCUAACGCUUCGUCAAGCACAGCUGUUUUUCCAAAAAGAAA